UGUGGAUUACAGAGAGAGAGAGAAGGGAGGAGAGAGAGAGAGAGAGUAGAUUGUCCUUGUAAAUGGUUUAAACAGGGCAACUAUACCCACUAUGAACACUAGUCCCUCACAUCUUCUUCAUCUUCUUCAUCUUCUUCUUAAUCUCUCCUCCUGCCAUUUCUGUACUCUUUAGAGAGAGGGAUUGAGGGGAAAUCCCAGAUGCUCUUCAAAUGGGGAAGAGUGAAGCAAAUCUGCAGGAGCAGCAACAGCAACAGCAACAGCAACAGCAGCGGCAGACUCAGGAGGCUCAGAAUUCUUCGGGACUCAUCUGUCUGCGAUGUUCGGUGGUUUUCAGCACAAUCGGCAGAGAGCUGAGCUUCAGAUGCGUCGUCGUCUUGAUCCUCAGCUUCUCAAUUUUACUCUCUGGGAUCUUCUGGAUCCCACAUUUCCAUGCAAUCAUCUCCCAGUUUGAUGCCAGACAGGAAAUUAAGCUCAGUGCUACAGUUCAGGCAUACUUCAGACUGGAAAAGCCAGUUACGGACCUUGUUCCACACAUCCAAAGAUUAGAAUAUGAUAUCAAUGGGGAAAUAGGUGUCCCAGGUGCAAAGGUGGCUAUCUUGUCCAUGCACCAAUUUGAUGCAUCUGAUCAAACUGAUGUGGUGUUUGGUGCUCUUUCCGAUCCAAUAAAUGUUCCAAUCGAUCCAGUGUUCUUAAGUGUGUUGAGGUCCUCUUUAGUUGAGCUAUUCCUUAAGCAAUCCAAUCUUACAUUGACUGCAUCAAUUUUCGGGCAGCCAUCUAUGUUUGAGAUUCUAAAGUGUCCUGGGGGAAUUACUGUGAUUCCUUUGCAAUCAGCUUCAAUCUGGCAGAAACCCCAGAUUUUAUUUAAUUUUACUCUCAAUAAUUCUAUAUCCGACAUAGUGGAAAAUUUUGUUGAGUUAAAGGAGCAGUUGAAGUUUGGAUUGCAUCUGAGGCCUUAUGAGGAUGUAUUUUUGCGAAUAAUAAACAAAAUAGGUUCAACUGAAGCACCCCCAGUCGUGGUUCAGGCAUCUCUCGUGUCUGAUGUAGGUAUCAUUGCGCCACAGAGAUUGAAGCAGUUGGUUCAAACAAUCACAGGUUCUCGUGAAAAAAAUCUUGGCCUUAAUAACACAGUCUUUGGCAAAGUUAAAAGUAUCAGGUUAUCUUCUUAUCCGAAGGGUGCACCCUCUUCAACCCCUCCAACUCCUUCGCCAGCUCCAUCUCCAGAGCCAUCAAUUUCUCCAUAUCCUGCUUCUCCAGUACCGUCCCCUGGCAUUCACCAUCUCCCACCAGCACCAGCACUGUCACCUGACAUUCAUCUUCUCCCACCAGCACCCUUACCAGACAUUCAUCCCCUCCCCCCAGCACCCUCACCUGAUAUUCAUCACCUCCCCUUAGCACCCUCACCUGGUACUCAUCUUCUUGCCCCUGCACCGUCACCUGACGUUCAUCAUCUCCCACCAGCACCCUCACCUGAGAUUUAUCAUCUCUCACCAACACCUUCCAAGGUACCUGCACAUCCUCAUCCAUGUCCAUAUCAUGGUUCUAGAAUUCCUCCAGUCUCCUCACCAGCUUCUCGUUCUAACCCUACUGCUCCUCCUACUUAUGCUACUAAUGGUUCCCCUUACUCACCUUCUCCGAGUCCCUCGUCUCAUUUGUCCUCACACGUGCCAGCUGCACCUGUAGCGUCCUAUGCUUCCAGUCCCGGAAACAAGGGAAGUGCACAAGAUUCAAUAUCUCCAUCACCUUCCUCGUCUUCAUCAGCAGGAGCUUUCUACAAGGAGAUCUGGUUAUUGAAAUUUUCGGUACUCCUCAUCUUUCAUCUGCUUUGUUGGUUUGGUUGAUUAAGGCCGUAUUAAAUAUGCGGAAACUGUCGGAGAUCCAAAAACAUGGAAGCUUCGACAGAGAUAUCGAUAAAAUAUCGAUAUUGAUAAAAAGUUUGAAAAAAAAAAUGAUGUAAAUUAUAAGAAAAAUAUGGAAAUUUUGAAUGAACUGUAGGACAAGGUAGAUGGAUAGUAGUUAAGUUUGUACGAUUUGGACUAUAUACAGUUCGCGCUAACGAACAUUGUCUCUCAUAAAUUGCUUAAUAUUUAAUGCAAUUCAAUUGUAUAUACUCGAAAAUUUUAUCCAUAAUUAUUAUGUUAAUGA